UGACAGGUGGAACUGGAGGCAAAGGCGAUGGUAGAGGAGCAGCAACGGAGGCAACAAUGGUGGUGGUGGCAUUAUAGUUAUUAUCUAAAAGUUUGUAAUUUUAAAAGAGAUAUAGGUUAAAACACAUUCGGACUCUUCUCCGUAGAGGCAGCGCCGACCGGUGGAGGAAAGGAAUCGCACGUAUUACCUGACAGUAACAUAACAUAAGGAGAAUUGCGUGUCAACUGCGAUUGUUUCUUCCAGAAUCAACGCAUAAACGAUAAUAAUAAUUUAAUCCUUUCUUGUCCUUAAAAAAGUCUUCUUUUUGCUGCUACAGUCCAUACUUUUUCAAAUCCGCUUCUGGAUUUCCUUUUUUUGUCCCUGUCGAACCAGUAAACCACCACACCACCACUUCACAAAACUUGUAAUUAUUUCCAAAUCCAAGUCCCGUUAACUAAAUAUGUUUUCUUUUUCUUUUUCUUUUUCAAGUGGGGCCCUGAAGACGAAUUGACAUACGAAUCACAGCCGAUGGCCGAAGCCUGAGGGACCCGGCCGGACCCAUUUAAAACCAUAUAUAGCUAAACCCUUUAUAGUGUUUUUAGUUUAGAGUCGUCAAAGAAGGCAUUUGUUGAACAUUGACUAAAUUAUAAUCAAUUAUCUGACUAUAAAAUUAAAGUCUAUCUCGUCUCUCUCUCUAAAUCUAGUUUCUGUUAAUGGAUUCUACUAAGAUGGAAAAACAUGAUGCUUCUAGAAAAAUGGAAGAAGAAGCUGCUGCUGCUAAUGGAAGAUCACAGACGGAGGCCACAGCUGAAUUAAAGGAGAAGAAGAAGAAAAAAAAAGUGAAGAGUAAAUAUUCAUAUUUGCCAAAAAUCGGAUGCUUGAGAAUAGAAGAAGAUGAGCAAGGGAAUUUUGAUGUUGCAGUUGAUAGUAUUAAUGGAGAGCCUGCUAAUCCCUAUCACCUUGUUGUUAUGGUCAAUGGCAUCAUUGGAAGUGCUCAGAACUGGAAAUUUGCUGCCGAGCAGUUCUUGAAACGGUAUCCGCGAGAUGUUAUUGUACACUGCAGCAAAGCGAAUUCUGCAACAUUGACAUUUGAUGGUGUUGAUGUAAUGGGAGACAGAUUAGCGGAAGAGAUUCUAUCAGUGAUAGAACGUAACCCCUCAGUUAAGAAGAUUUCAUUCAUAGGCCAUUCUUUAGGUGGCCUGGUGGCAAGAUAUGCUAUUGCUAAGCUCUUUAGACAAGACCCUGGAAAAGAAAAUUCUCUAGGAAAUGGAAACUGUAAAAGUGAUGUAUCUGGAGAUACAAGCGUGGAGGAGAAAUUCACAAGCAGAAUUGCUGGAUUGGAGCCCAUGAAUUUCAUAACCCUUGCUACUCCACAUCUUGGUUCUAAGUGGCAUAAACAGGUUCCCUUGUUUUGUGGCUCUUAUACUCUAGAAAGAAUGGCUGCUCGGAUGUCAUGGUGUCUUGGUAAAACUGGAAAACAUCUCUUCUUAACAGAUGGUGGCAAUGGAAAAACUCCUCUUCUUCUUCAAAUGGUUAGAGACUCUGAAAAUCUUAAAUUUAUGUCUGCCUUGCAAUCCUUUAAGCAUCAUAUUGCCUAUGCAAAUACACGAUUCGACCACCUUGUAGGAUGGAGCACAUCAUCUUUACGGCGACGGAAUGAGCUUCCAAAGAGACGACAUCUUUCAAGAGAUGAAAAAUAUCGACACAUUGUACGCAUGGAAGCCUCAAAAACUUCUAGUCCUCAACAAGAACUUCCCGCGGAUGCCAAAGUUGAUGAAUGCAAGUCUAUUGACAUGGAAGACGAAAUGAUCCAAGCUUUGACAAAAGUGAGCUGGGAACGGGUUGAUGUUAAAUUCAACGGAUACAGACAAAGAUUUCUGGCACACAAUACUAUUCUGGUAAAAACUUAUUGUCUAUACUCUGAUGGGGCUGAUGUAGUCCAACACAUGAUUGACAACUUUCGUCUAUAAAAAUUGCAACAAUUUGCCGAAAUGGCCCAAUAUAUCUAAAUCGAAAUUCCGGGUGACCUCAUUGUGAUGUAAGAAGUUAAGAACUGGCUAGAAGGUGUUGAGAUGGAUAGAACGGAGUGUGAUACAAGGGGGUAAAAAACAGGUUCGCAUCGGAAUUUUCUGAUAAUGUAAAUACAGGAAUAGAAGGAGAAAAGGGAGAUGGAUGGGGAAACGAGGGGAAGAGGAUGUUGGAGAAAUUCUUUUGGCACCAAGGCGCUCGUGCAAAGCAUUAGCACCAACUAAUCAGCCGUCUGUUGGGGAGUAAUUAUAUGCAACUUUUUAUUCCACGUACGAGUAAUUUUCCAAUUAUACAUCUUGUAUCAAGAAGCCUAAUCUUUUAUUGUCCUGAUACAUGUAGCUCAUUUUUUUUAUUUACCUCCUUGAAUGUCCAUUUUUGGGUUA